AUGUGUACUAUUUCUGUUGAUUGUCAUUAUGGAGGUUGUUUUAGUAGGGACUGGUUGAUAAGUUAUACAGGAGGGGAGGUAAGAAGGUUUGAAGGUUUAGACCCUGAUAAGUUUAGUUUUUUUGAAUUAUGUGGGUACGUAGAAGAAGAUUUGAGUAUUAAAAAGGGUACAUAUAGGUUAUGGUGGAUGCCUCAUUACGAAGUAAACUAUAGGGUUGUUAAGGUAGAUGCUGAUGUUAGUGAGAUGAAGGAAUAUGCUUUGAAAGUAAACAAGCCAGUUAACUUUUUUGUAGAACAUGAUGUUGAUGAAGUUAGUAGGUUGGUGGAUGUUCCAAACUGUGUUACUGUUACUAAUAGGGAAGUUGGACAAAGUUCUCAGGUUGAUGUAAAUGGAGAAGGACUAGAGAAGGAAAAGGUAGACAAGAAAGGAAAAUGUGUGUUGGUGUGUUAUGAUGAUGAGAAGUUAGGGAGCAGUGAAGAUGAGUCAGAUGGUGAAUAUUUUGAUGAUAUUGAGCAUGAUAGAGCAUUGGGGGUUGAUGAUGGGUUUGGACCAUAUGAUAUAACUACAUUGGAUAUGAAUGAAGUUGUGGGAAUGGUUGGGGCUAAUGGUAAAGAAGGGGGUAAAGGAGGGGCAUAUGAGAAAGGUUCAAAAACCAAGGAAAAAUCAAAGGUUGAAAAAGAAGAAGAUGAUUAUGAUCCUGAGUGGGAGAGAGAGUAUGAAAGUGAUGAGCUUUAUUCAGAUGACCCUGAUGAGUCAGACUUUGAAAGGGGACCAAGAGCAUAUGUGUUUAAGAUGAGCCAACUAACACCAGCCUUUAAAUUCAAAGUUGGUAUGGACUUUAAGUCAAUUGUAGAGUUCAGAAUGGCCAUCAGGGAGUGGAAUGUAUUAAAUGGAUAUCAAAUUAAGUUUGUGAAAAAUGACAAGGAAAGGUGUAGGGUAGAGUGUAAGGAUAAACACAAUGGGUGCAAGUAUGAGGCCCACUGCAGCAAAGUGGCUAACAGCCAUACAUAUAAAAUAAAGACAUUGGGUGUGGCCCACACAUGUGGUAGGUCAUUAGAUAACUCCAGUGCCAAUGCAAACUGGUUAACCAAUAUUGUUGUGGAAAAAAUGAGGGGUAGUGGUGAACAAAAGGUCAAAGAUAUCAUGAAAGAUCUGAGGAGGCAGUAUUCUGUUGGGGUAUCAUUUCAUACAGCUUGGAGUGCAAAGAAGAGGGCUACUGAAAUAUUAGAUGGUGAUGCAAAGAAACAAUACACUCUAUUGUGGAGGUAUGCAGCUGAGUUAAAGAGGGUGUGUAAUGGGAAUAAUCUCAAGUUUAAUGUUGAGAGAACCUUGUUAACAAAUCAACAAAGAUUCAGCAAGUUUUACUUUUGUUUUGAUGGUUGCAAGCAAGGUUUUUUGGCUGGUUGUAGGCCAUUUAUUGGAGUGGAUGGGUGUCACUUGAAAACUAAGUUUGGAGGUAUAUUAUUAGUUGAUGUUGGAAGAGAUGCAAAUGACCAAUAUUUCCCAUUAGCAUUUGGAGUUGUUGAGAAUGAAACCAAAGAGACAUGGAGGUGGUUUUUAACUUUACUGCUUGAAGAUAUUGGAAACAAAAGAUGGGUGUUUAUUUCAGAUCAACAAAAGGGAUUGAUGAGUGUGUUUGAUGAAUGGUCUGAUAGAAUUGAACAUAGGUAUCUUAGGCAUCUAUAUGCCAAUUUCAAGAAAUUUUUUGGAGGAGGAACUUUGAUAAGGGAUUUGAUGAUGAGUGCAGCAAAGGCUACAUAUAGACAAGCUUGGGUUGUUAAGAUGGAAGAGCUGAAAAAGGUGGAUGUGAAAGCAUGGGAGUGGCUAAUGGGACAUGAUCCUAAAUUAUGGUGCAAGCAUGCAUUUUCAUAUUAUCCUAAGUGUGAUGUAUUAAUGAAUAACAUUUCAGAGGCAUUUAAUGCUACUAUAUUAUUAGCUAGAGAUAAGCCAGUCCUCACAAUGGCAAAGUGGAUUAGAACAUACCUCAUGAAUAGGAUGUCAAAACUUAGGAAUAAGUUAAGUAACUGGCAAGGUGAUAUCAUGCCUAUGCCAAGGAAAAGAUUGAACACUGAGAUUCAGAAAUCUGGAAACUGGAUAGCAACAUGGGGAAUAGGUGAUGAGUUUGAGGUUGAAAUGGUGGGUGGUGGACAUAAGUUUACUGUAAACACUGCAAAUAGGACAUGUAGUUGUAAUUUUUGGGAGUUGGUAGGUAUACCUUGUAGGCAUGCAGUUGCAGCCAUAGGUAAGAGAGAUGGAAGGCCAUAA